AUGUCGACUUAUACUAUACAAAACCAGAGAGAUGGAGGCGCGUCAGCUGAACCGGAAGCUGAACCGUCCUCCCACGUGAAAGUUACGGAUGUGCGACUGCCGAGACAUCUGGUGCCAGAAUCUUACAGGCUCAAGCUCAUUCCUUUCAUUGUUCCAGACAACUUUACCAUCAGGGGUUAUGUUGAGAUUGACAUGGUGUGCACUGAGCCUGGAAAAAAUAUAACCCUGCACAGCGCUGAUCUAGAAAUUCAGAACAGAACUGUUCAAGUCCAGCAGAUAAAUGGGUCAGCUCUUAAUGUUCGCAGCUAUGAUUAUGAUAAGGACAGAGAAUUCUUUGUGCUAAAUCUAGGAUCAAUGCUCGAGAAAGGAAAACGAUAUACUGUUAAAAUCUCCUUCACUGCUUUCUUGAAGGAUAAUCUUAAAGGAUUUUACAGAUCUCAGUACAAAGACCUUGUAACUGGCAAGGAUGAAUUUAUUGCAGUAACUCAGUUCCAAGCAACCGACGCCAGGCGGAGUUUUCCUUGUUUUGACGAGCCUGCGCUGAAAGCCAAGUUUGAGGUUAGCCUGGGAAGAACCCGUGAUAUGUCCAGCAUAUCAAAUAUGCCAAUAAGGAUUGAAGGUGAGGAUAUGGCCGAGGAUACGAGCUAUGUCUGGGAUCAUUAUAUGGAAAGUGUAAAGAUGUCAACCUAUCUCGUGGCGUUUGUUGUGAGCAAGUUCGAUAACAGAGAGGAAACCAGAUCAAAUAAUGUUAAGUUCAGAAUUUGGUCAAGAUCUGAUGCUGUAGAUCAGACAGAGUACGCCAGGGAUAUUGGACCGAAGAUUCUAGAGUUUUUCGAGAACUACUUCCAGGUUCCCUUCCCCCUACCCAAACAGGACAUGAUUGCUAUUCCUGACUUCGGAGCAGGAGCUAUGGAGAACUGGGGGCUUAUCACAUACAGGGAGACUGCACUAUUGUACAAGGAUGGAGUAAGUGCUGCUUCUAACAGGGAAAGGAUUGCUAUUGUUAUAUCUCACGAGCUUGCUCAUCAAUGGUUCGGUAACCUGGUAACACCCUCCUGGUGGUCUGAUCUCUGGUUGAAUGAAGGGUUUGCCUCCUAUGUUGAGUAUCUUGGCGUAGAUGCUGUGAAGCCAGAGCUUAAACUUCUUGAACAAUUUGUGGUCCAGGAUUUACAGGAUGUUUUAAGAAUAGAUGCUUUAGAGUCUUCUCAUCCUAUUUCCAUUCCAGUAAAGCAUCCGGAUGAGAUUAGUGAGAUAUUUGACCGGAUCAGCUAUGGUAAAGGAGCUUCUAUAAUUCGGAUGAUGGAUAACUUUCUAACUAGUAAAACGUUUAAACAGGGAUUAACGAAUUAUUUGACUGAACUGAAGUUCAAAGCUGCUGAACAAGAUGAUCUUUGGAGGCAUUUAACCCAGCAGGGACAUAGAGAUGGAACCCUGCCUUCAGAAGUAACGAUUAAGGAAAUAAUGGACACAUGGACUCUUCAGACAGGAUUUCCUGUACUUACUGUACAGAGGGACUAUACAGACAGUACAGCUAUAAUAAAACAGGAAAGGUUCCUACUGAGUGCAGAGUCCAGUGACCCAGCUACCUGGUGGAUUCCGGUCACCUUUACCUCACCUGGUCCAGCUGGAGACUUUAACAAUACAUACAACAACAUCUGGAUGGCCAAGGGAGAAAGAAGUAAGAGUAUCUCUGGGUUACCAGCUGCUGAUGAGCCGGUCAUCUUUAAUGUACAAGAAACCGGUUAUUAUAGAGUAAAUUACGAUGAGAAGAACUGGGAAAUGAUAGCAAAGAAACUGGAAACUGAUUUCAGAUCUAUUCAUGUCAUCAAUAGAGCUCAGAUACUGGACGAUGCCUUGGAGAUGGCUAAGGUUGGACGGUUGAGCUACUCUAUUGCUCUGAAGCUUACAGGAUACUUAGAUAAAGAAACUGAAUACAUUCCUUGGUAUUCAGCUCUUUCAGGUUUGUCCCACAUUAAUAAGAUGCUGAAAAGGACCGCGGCAUACGGAGAUUUUAAGAGAUAUAUGCUGCGCCUCCUGGGUCCUGUCUAUUCCAGGGUUGGAUACUCUUCUAAACCUACAGAUACGCAUCUGGAUAUUCUUCUUAGGAAAAUUGUGGUAAGCUGGGCGUGUAGCAUGGAUCACCCUGACUGCUUGAAUCAAGCCAAAUCAAAGUUUGGAGACUGGAUGAAGACUGCUAACCCGGAUUCAGAAGGAAGCAAUCCAAUUGAUGUAAACCUGAAGUCUGAAACCUACUGUCAUGGAAUAUCCGCUGGAACUGAGAAGGAAUGGGACUUUGCUUGGAACAGAUAUACAAGUUCCAAUGUUGCCUCUGAGAAAGCAACUUUACUCUCGGCUCUGACGUGUACUAAGGAAAUAUGGCUUCUAAACAGAUUUCUCAACAUGUCUCUGACCCCUGACAGCGGGGUAAGAAAACAGGAUGGAGCGAAAGUCAUAGGUGGAAUAGCAUCAAACACUGUAGGACGCUACCUCACAUUCGACUUUAUUCGUGAGCAGUGGAAAACAAUCCAAGAAUAUUGGGGAUCAGCGAGCUUCACAAUGCCUGGAAUAAUGCAAAGAGCUUUGUCAGGGCGGAAUACAGAGUUUGAACUGGAGGAGUUGAAUGAGUUUAAGACAAAGCAUAUAAACGAGCUGGCGACCUCUAGGCGGGCAGUUGACCAGGCUAUAGAAGCGGCGCAGGUCAACAUUGCCUGGAUACAAAACAAUUUACAGGUUGUGUGGGACUGGUUGAAGAAUUACAAUAUUAGUGGAUAAAAGUCCAAUUUCCUACAAUAAUACUUCCAAUUUAAUCCAAUUCCUGAGAAAAUCUUCACACUAUCAGACUUAAAGGGAGUGUUCGCGAAAACUCGGUAAAUUUGUAUGGAAGCUUAGAUCUUUGGUGUAAGACGCUUUUAACCAUUUUCUCGUUAUGGACGCAGCUGCACAUAAAAGAAAAGUUAGUAGCAAUCGAUUUAGAAUUUAAUCUGACAUAAACCUAUAUAAACCUAUAUAAACCUAUAUAAACCUAUAUAAACCUAUAUAAACCUAUAUAAACCUAUAUAAACCUAUAUAAACCUAUAUAAACCUUUAUAAACCUAUACCCAUUUCAUUGUUCGCGAAGACUCCCUUGAAGUAUUGUACACAAAGUAAUGUACAUAUGUACAGAUAUGGGUCCAUGUAUAUAUUAAAAUGGAAGCCAAGAUGUACAAAAUCGUUUUAGAUUUUAUUUUCAAGAAAUUAUUAUCCUAAAGCAAUAUUUUAAAUAUUAUACAUGUUUUGUUCAUAAGUUAAAGGCAUUAGGUGCGGUUUAUUUAAAUACAAACAUAUUUUUAAUGCAAAUAAAUCGAUAUACUCUUGUU